AUGCGGCCAAUUGAGCGACUAGGGGCAGCAUUUUGUGUUCUUCUAACAGUGUUAUGGAUCACGAGCGAGUUGAAAACGAUCCAAUUUCGAUGGCAGAACUAUCUAUCCGGGCGUGGAUCUGGUCUCGCGCGUCCUAAAGGGACUCCAACUCGAUGGCAUUCCUCCUCCACGGGUCGCAGACGCCCCUCGGUCACCGAUCUGGCGCCGUCGCGCGGAGACAAUAUCGGUUCAUCACAGAUAACCAUCGACGAGGUGGCCAGCACAGAUAUCAUGGAGAUGGAUCGCAUCAUCGUGGUUGGGAAAUUAAGCCAUGAGCAGACGGACUGGAUCGCCAAUGAGCUGCCCGAGUGGCGACGUGCAAUCUACACGGUGGAUGACCCUACAGCGCCCCUCCCAGUGACCAAGAACAAGGGCAAAGAAGCCAAUGUAUAUCUGCGGUACAUCAUUGAUCAUUACCACAACCUACCAUCGACCAUCGCUUUUCUCCACAGCCACCGCGACGGCUGGCCCGAAGCAUGGCACACCGAGUUCGAAGAACACAGCAACGUGGACACGAUCAAGCUACUGCAAACCGAUUUCGUCCAGCAGAACGGCUACGCCAACCUACGCUGCAAUCCCAAUCCUGGCUGUCCGGAUGAAAUUCGCCCAUUUCGCGAACCCAGGGACGAGUCGCGCCUGUCUGAGAUCGCCUUUGUCGAUGCUUGGAAUGGGCUUUUCAACAGCACCGAUGUCCCGGAAAUCAUUGCGUCGCCUUGCUGCGCUCAGUUCGCAGUGUCGAGAGACCAGGUGUUGAAACGUCCACUCAGCAGUUAUAUCCACUAUCAUCGGUGGCUCAUGGAUACGAAUCUACCUGAUGACAUCAGUGGGCGAGUGAUGGAAUACAUGUGGCAUAUCAUCUUUGGGAAGGAUCCCGUCUAUUGCCCAGAUAUGGAUCAAUGCUUUUAUGAUGUAUAUGGUCUGUGA